AUGGUGGUAACGGGAGAUGGUUUUGAUGAAUGUACCAAUGAACCUUGCAGGAACAAUGGAACAUGUGUGGACCUCAUCAAUGAUUAUGAAUGUCUUUGUAUUCCUGGAUUUAAUGGCACCAACUGCACAAAUAGUAUUAAUGAAUGAGUGGAUGAACCUUGUAAUAACAAUGGAACAUGUGUAGAUUUGAUAAACAAAAAAUGUCAAUGUGUUCCUGGAUUCAAUGGAACAAAUUGCAAGGAGAAUAUUGAUGAAUGUGCUGAAAAUCCAUGUCAGAACAAUGGAACAUGUGUAGACUUCAUCAAUGAUUACCAAUGUAACUGUGUUGCAGGAUUUAAUGACACAAACUGUACAAACAAUAUCAACGAAUGUGUGGACGAUCCUUGUCAAAACAAUGGAACAUGUGUAGACCUCAUAAACAACUACGAAUGUCAGUGUGUUCCUGGAUUCAAUGGAUCCAACUGUGAGGAGAAUAUUGAUGAAUGUGCUGAAAAUCCUUGCCAGAACAAUGGAACAUGUGUGGACCUCGUCAAUGAUUACGAAUGUAGCUGUGUUCCUGGAUUUAAUGACACUAAUUGUACAAACAAUAUUGACGAAUGUUCUGAUGAACCUUGCCAGAAUUAUGGAACUUGUGUGGACCUCAUCAAUGGUUACGAAUGUCUUUGUAUUCCUGGAUUCAAUGAAACAAACUGCACAAAUGAUAUCAAGGAAUGUGUAGAUGAACCUUGUCAAAGUAAUGGAACUGACCUCAUUAACAACUAGGAAUGUAAAUGUGUUACCAACUGCGAGGAAAAUAUUGAUGAAUGUGCUGAAAAUCCAUGUCAGAACAAUGGAACAUGUGAGGACCUCAUCAAUGAUUUCAACUGUAGCUGUAUUCCAGGAUUUAAUGGAACUCACUGCCAGGAGAAUAUUGAUGAGUGUGCUGACAAUCCAUGUCAGAACAAUGGAACAUGUGUAGACCUCAUCAACGAUUACCAAUGUGACUGUAUUCCAGGAUUUAAUGGAACUGACUGUGAGGAGAAUAUUGAUGAAUGUGCUGAAAAUCCAUGUCAGAACAAUGGAACCUGUGUGGACCUCAUCAAUGAUUACCAAUGUGACUGUGUUGCAGGAUUUAAUGACACAAACUGUACAAACAAUAUUGACGAAUGUGCCAAUGAACCGUGUCAGAACAAUGGUACAUGUGAGGACCUCAUCAAUGAUUACAACUGUAGCUGUGUUCCUGGAUUUAAUGGAACUAACUGUGAGGAGAAUAUUGACGAAUGUGCUGAAAGCCCUUGUCAGAACAAUGGAACAUGUGUAGACCUCAUCUACGAUUAUCAAUGUGACUGUAUUCCAGGAUUUAAUGGAACUGACUGUGAGGAGAAUAUUGAUGAAUGUGCUGAAAAUCCAUGUCAGAACAAUGGAACAUGUGUGGACCUCAUCAAUGAUUACCAAUGUGACUGUGUUGCAGGAUUUAAUGACACAAACUGUACAAACAAUAUUGACGAAUGUUCUGAUGAACCUUGCCAGAAUUAUGGAACUUGUGUGGACCUCAUCAAUGAUUACGAAUGUCUUUGUAUUCCUGGAUUCAAUGGAACAAACUGCACAAAUGAUAUCAACGAAUGUGUAGAUGAACCUUGUCAAAAUAAUGGAACAUGCGUAGACCUCAUUAACAACUACGAAUGUCAAUGUGUUACCAACUGCGAGGAAAAUAUUAAUGAAUGUGCUGAAAAUCCUUGUCAGAACAAUGGAACAUGUGAGAACCUCAUCAAUGAUUUCAACUGUAGCUGUGUUCCUGGAUUUAAUGGAACUCACUGCCAGGAGAAUAUUGAUGAGUGUGCUGACAAUCCAUGUCAGAACAAUGGUACAUGUGAGGACCUCAUCAAUGAUUACAACUGUAGCUGUGUUCCUGGAUUUAAUGGAACUAACUGUGAGGAGAAUAUUGAUGAAUGUGCUGAAAGCCCUUGUCAAAACAAUGGAACAUGUGUAGACCUCAUCAACGAUUACCAAUGUGACUGUAUUCCAGGAUUUAAUGGAGCUGACUGUGAGGAGAAUAUUGAUGAAUGUGCUGAAAAUCCAUGUCAGAACAAUGGGACAUGUGUGGAUCUCAUCAAUGAUUACCAAUGUGACUGUGUUGCAGGAUUUAAUGACACAAACUGUACAAACAAUAUUGACGAAUGUUCUGACGAACCUUGCCAGAAUUAUGGAACUUGUGUGGACCUCAUCAAUGAUUACGAAUGUCUUUGUAUUCCUGGAUUCAAUGGAACAAACUGCACAAAUGAUAUUGAUGAGUGUGCUGAAAAUCCUUGUCAACACAAUGGAACAUGUGUUGACCUCAUUAAUGAUUACAACUGUAGCUGUGUUCCUGGAUUUAAUGGAACUAACUGUGAGGAGAAUAUUGAUGAAUGUGCUGAAAGCCCUUGUCAAAACAAUGGAACAUGUGUAGACCUCAUCAACGAUUACCAAUGUGACUGUAUUCCAGGAUUUAAUGGAACUGACUGUGAGGAGAAUAUUGAUGAAUGUGCUGAAAAUCCAUGUCAGAACAAUGGAACAUGUGUGGAUCUCAUCAAUGAUUACCAAUGUGACUGUGUUGCAGGAUUUAAUGACACAAACUGUACAAACAAUAUUGAUGAAUGUGCUGAAAGCCCUUGUCAGAACAAUGGAACAUGUGUAGACUUCAUCAACGAUUACCAAUGUGACUGUAUUCCAGGAUUUAAUGGAACUGACUGUGAGGAGAAUAUUGAUGAAUGUGCUGAAAAUCCAUGUCAGAACAAUGGAACAUGUGUGGAUCUCAUCAAUGAUUACCAAUGUGACUGUGUUGCAGGAUUCAAUGACACUAAUUGUACAAACAAUAUUGAUGAAUGUGCAGAAAAUCCAUGUCAGAACAAUGGAACAUGUGUGGACCUCGUCAAUGAUUACCAAUGUGACUGUGUUGCAGGAUUUAAUGACACAAACUGUACAAAUAAUAUUGACGAAUGUGCCAGUGAACCGUGUCAGAACAAUGGAACAUGUGUGGACCUCAUCAAUGAUUACAACUGUAGCUGUGUUCCUGGAUUUAAUGGAACUAACUGUGAAGAGAAUAUUGAUGAAUGUGCUGAAAAUCCAUGUCAGAACAAUGGAACAUGUUUAGACUUCAUCAAUGAUUACCAAUGUGACUGUGUUGCAGGAUUCAAUGACACUAAUUGUACAAACAAUAUUGAUGAAUGUAGUGAAAAUCCAUGUCAGAACAAUGGAACAUGUGUGGACCUCAUCAAUGAUUACCAAUGUGACUGUGUUGCAGGAUUUGAUGACACAAACUGUACAAACAAUAUUGACGAAUGCGCCAGUGAACCGUGUCAGAACAAUGGUACAUGUGAGGACCUCAUCAAUGAUUACAACUGUAGCUGUGUUCCUGGAUUUAAUGGAACUAACUGUGAGGAGAAUAUUGAUGAAUGUGCUGAAAGGCCUUGUCAAAACAAUGGAACAUGUGUAGACCUCAUCAACGAUUACCAAUGUAACUGUAUUCCAGGAUUUAAUGGAACUGACUGUGAGGAGAAUAUUGAUGAAUGUGCUGAAAAUCCAUGUCAGAACAAUGGAACCUGUGUGGACCUCAUCAAUGAUUACCAAUGUGACUGUGUUGCAGGAUUUAAUGACACAAACUGUACAAACAAUAUAGAUGAAUGUGCCAGUGAACCGUGUCAGAACAAUGGUACAUGUGUGGACCUCAUCAACGAUUUUGAGUGUGUUUGUUCUCCUGGAUUCAAUGGCACGGACUGCACUAACGAUGUCAACGAAUGUAUGGACGAUCCUUGUCAGAAUAAUGGAACAUGUGUAGACCUCAUCAACAGCUACGAAUGCCUCUGUGUUCCCGGUUUCAAUGACACCAACUGCACAAACAAUAUUGAUGAAUGUAGUGAAAAUCCAUGUCAGAACAAUGGAACAUGUGCGGACCUCAUCAAUGAUUACCAAUGUGACUGUGUUGCAGGAUUUAAUGACACAAACUGUACAAACAAUAUUGAUGAAUGCGCCAGUAAACCGUGUCAGAACAAUGGUACAUGUGAGGACCUCAUCAAUGAUUACAACUGUAGCUGUGUUCCUGGAUUUAAUGGAACUAACUGCGAGGAGAAUAUUGAUGAAUGUGCUGAAAGCCCUUGUCAAAACAAUGGAACAUGUGUAGACCUCAUCAACGAUUACCAAUGUGACUGUAUUCCAGGAUUAAAUGGAACUGACUGUGAGGAGAAUAUUGAUGAAUGUGCUGAAAAUCCAUGUCAGAACAAUGGAACAUGUUUAGACUUCAUCAAUGAUUACCAAUGUGACUGUGUUGCAGGAUUCAAUGACACUAAUUGUACAAACAAUAUUGAUGAAUGUGCUGAAAAUCCAUGUCAGAACAAUGGAACAUGUGUGGACCUCAUCAAUGAUUACCAAUGUGACUGUGUUGCAGGAUUUGAUGACACAAACUGUACAAACAAUAUUGACGAAUGUGCCAGUGAACCGUGUCAGAACAAUGGUACAUGUGAGGACCUCAUCAAUGAUUACAACUGUAGCUGUGUUCCUGGAUUUAAUGGAACUAACUGUGAGGAGAAUAUUGAUGAAUGUGCUGAAAGCCCUUGUCAAAACAAUGGAACAUGUAUAGACCUCAUCAACGAUUACCAAUGUGGCUGUAUUCCAGGAUUUAAUGGAACUGACUGUGAGGAGAAUAUUGAUGAAUGUGCUGAAAAUCCAUGUCAGAACAAUGGAACCUGUGUGGACCUCAUCAAUGAUUACCAAUGUGACUGUGUUGCAGGAUUCAAUGACACUAAUUGUACAAACAAUAUUGAUGAAUGUGCUGAAAAUCCAUGUCAGAACAAUGGAACAUGUGUGGACCUCAUCAAUGAUUACCAAUGUGACUGUGUUGCAGGAUUUAAUGACACAAACUGUACAAACAAUAUUGACGAAUGUGCCAGUGAACCGUGUCAGAACAAUGGUACAUGUGAGGACCUCAUCAAUGAUUACAACUGUAGCUGUGUUCCUGGAUUUAAUGGAACUAACUGUGAGGAGAAUAUUGAUGAAUGUGCUGAAAGCCCUUGUCAAAACAAUGGAACAUGUAUAGACCUCAUCAACGAUUACCAAUGUGACUGUAUUCCAGGAUUUAAUGGAACUGACUGUGAGGAGAAUAUUGAUGAAUGUGCUGAAAAUCCAUGUCAGAACAAUGGAACCUGUGUGGACCUCAUCAAUGAUUACCAAUGUGACUGUGUUGCAGGAUUCAAUGACACUAAUUGUACAAACAAUAUUGAUGAAUGUGCUGAAAAUCCAUGUCAGAACAAUGGAACAUGUGUGGACCUCAUCAAUGAUUACCAAUGUGACUGUGUUGCAGGAUUUAAUGACACAAACUGUACAAACAAUAUUGACGAAUGUGCCAGUGAACCGUGUCAGAACAAUGGUACAUGUGAGGACCUCAUCAAUGAUUACAACUGUAGCUGUGUUCCUGGAUUUAAUGGAACUAACUGUGAGGAGAAUAUUGAUGAAUGUGCUGAAAGCCCUUGUCAAAACAAUGGAACAUGUAUAGACCUCAUCAACGAUUACCAAUGUGACUGUAUUCCAGGAUUUAAUGGAACUGACUGUGAGGAGAAUAUUGAUGAAUGUGCUGAAAAUCCAUGUCAGAACAAUGGAACCUGUGUGGACCUCAUCAAUGAUUACCAAUGUGACUGUGUUGCAGGAUUUAAUGACACAAACUGUACAAACAAUAUAGAUGAAUGUGCCAGUGAACCGUGUCAGAACAAUGGUACAUGUGUGGACCUCAUCAACGAUUUUGAGUGUGUUUGUUCUCCUGGAUUCAAUGGCACGGACUGCACUAAUGAUGUCAACGAAUGUAUGAACGAUCCUUGUCAGAAUAAUGGAACAUGUGUAGACCUCAUCAACAGCUACGAAUGCCUCUGUGUUCCCGGUUUCAAUGACACCAACUGCACAAACAAUAUUGAUGAAUGUGCUGAAAAUCCAUGUCAGAACAAUGGAACAUGUGUGGACCUCAUCAAUGAUUUCCAAUGUGACUGUGUUGCAGGAUUUAAUGACACAAACUGUACAAACAAUAUUGACGAAUGUGCCAGUGAACCGUGUCGGAACAAUGGAACAUGUAUAGACCUCAUCAAUGAUUACAACUGUAGCUGUGUUCCUGGAUUCAAUGGAACCAACUGUACAAAUAAUAUCAACGAAUGUGUGGAGGAACCGUGUCAGAACAAUGGUACAUGUGUGGACCUCAUCAAUGAUUUUGAGUGUGUUUGUGUUUCUGGAUUCAAUGGCACGAACUGCACAAAUGAUAUCAAUGAAUGUGCGGAUGAACCUUGUCAGAAUAAUGGAACAUGUGUAGACCUCAUAAACAACUACGAAUGUCUCUGUGUUCCCGGUUUCAAUAACACCAACUGCACAAACAAUAUCGAUGAAUGUGUCAGUGAACCUUGUCACAACAAUGGUACAUGUGUGGAUCUUAUCAAUGAUUAUGAAUGUGUUUGUGUUCCUGGAUUUAAUGGCACUAACUGCACAAACAAUAUGGAUGAGUGCGCCUCAGUACCAUGCCAGAACAAUGGAACCUGUAUUGAUUUGAUCAAUGAUUACCAAUGUCAGUGUGUUGUCGAGUUUAAUGGUACAGAUUGCUCAACAAAAUCAAAUUUAAUGAAAUACAAGCUUGUUUUGAACCUCGACGUGACAACAACAGAAAAUUUGAGCAUAGAAGCAGAUUACAUAAAAGUAGAGAAUGAAGUUCAACAAGCAUUAUCUGAUAUCUACAGUAAAAGGAUCAAAGGAUCAAAAGUCAUUAUAAAAAGCUUGAGGAAAGGCAGCUUAAUUGUAGAUUUCGACCUCAUCAUACCAGACAGCCCAACAUCAAAGGUUGUCGUCGUUGACACAGUGUAUAAGCUUGUAAACGGCCUGUUGUUCGUCAACUUCUCAGGAGAAAUUGUCAACGUUACCACUGCCACAAUACAACAUUCAACAUACGGCGAGGUUAUCAUCACCAACUCAACUAAUGGGUGUGCUGUUGUGAACUCACAAGGGGCUUGUGACGCGGGAUAUAGUUGUCAAGAAUUCAUAAAUCAGACAGUUGCAUGCAUUCCUAUUGUUAGUAAGUAUAAAUGCUUUCUAUGUUUAUGUUAUAACAAUGCUAUGAUAUAUUCUACCCGUAUACUUUUUCUUAGAUUUCUGUAAAUGAAAUAUAUAAGUAUUAUAAAGAAUUGUGAAA